CCCUCGCCCAGGCCCAGCGCGCUCCAGGGUCUGCGCGCGCCCGCGGCGCGUCCUCGCCCGGCCCGCGCGCCUCGUGCCUCGUGCCUCGCGCCUCGAGCCACGUCCCCGCCCAGCCCCUGCGCGCUGCGGAGUUGGCUGCUGGGUGUGGCCGGCGGAUCUCGGCGGUGCGCUGAGCUCUGCGCGCCCGCUCCAAACGCCAGGGGCUGCACAGUGCCCAGCGGACUCAGGCAGCGUCGGUCGGUCGACCUGGGCCGGAGCUCACUCCAGGAACAUCUGUUUAUUGAACAUCUGUUCUGCAUCAGGGGUGAUACAUUGUUCUAUUUAUAUCGCACAGUAAUUUGGCAAAGGAGGCAUUAUCCAGUUCUACAGUUGCUUUGCGUUGCUAAUUUUGGAGUAAACACAUUGAAAAAUGAGUGAACUGGAACAGUUAAGGCAGGAAGCUGAACAACUGCGGAAUCAGAUCCAGGAUGCUAGGAAAGCAUGUAAUGAUGCAACACUUGUUCAGAUCACAUCAAAUAUGGAUUCUGUGGGUCGGAUACAAAUGCGAACAAGACGCACACUGAGGGGUCACCUAGCUAAAAUCUAUGCUAUGCAUUGGGGAUAUGAUUCAAGGCUACUAGUCAGUGCUUCCCAAGAUGGAAAAUUAAUUAUUUGGGAUAGCUAUACAACAAAUAAGAUGCAUGCUAUUCCUUUGAGGUCCUCCUGGGUGAUGACCUGUGCUUAUGCUCCCUCUGGUAAUUAUGUUGCUUGUGGAGGACUGGACAACAUCUGCUCUAUAUAUAACUUAAAAACCAGAGAGGGAAAUGUGAGAGUGAGCCGAGAAUUACCAGGUCACAUAGGUUACUUGUCCUGUUGUCGUUUUGUAGAUGACAGCCAGAUUGUUACAAGCUCAGGAGAUACAAAUUGUGCUUUAUGGGACAUUGAAACAGCCCAGCAGACUACCACGUUCACUGGGCAUUCUGGAGAUGUGAUGAGUCUUUCUCUGAGUCCUGACAUGAGGACUUUUGUUUCUGGUGCUUGCGAUGCCUCUUCCAAAUUAUGGGAUAUCCGAGACGGAAUGUGUAGACAGUCUUUCACUGGACAUGUGUCAGAUAUCAAUGCCGUCAGUUUUUUUCCAAAUGGAUAUGCCUUUGCCACUGGCUCUGAUGAUGCCACUUGCCGUCUAUUUGACCUUCGCGCAGACCAAGAGUUAUUAUUGUAUUCUCAUGACAAUAUCAUCUGUGGAAUCACUUCUGUAGCCUUCUCAAAAAGUGGGCGCCUCCUGUUAGCUGGUUAUGAUGACUUUAAUUGUAACGUAUGGGACACACUGAAAGGAGAUCGUGCAGGUGUUCUUGCUGGUCAUGAUAACCGUGUCAGCUGUUUGGGUGUAACUGAUGAUGGUAUGGCUGUGGCAACAGGGUCUUGGGACAGUUUUCUUAGAAUCUGGAAUUAACAGCGCAUACAAGAUUUCUGUUCUCCAUUGAUACCUGGAGAAAUCAGUGCUACAGCCCAUAGCUGUGAAAAAAAAUUCUACCUUAUAUUUGCAGGUGAAGAUUUUUCUAUUGAGAUUAUUAUAUAGAAAAAGAAGCUUUCAGUAAACUACAAAACAAAACAAAAAAAAGAUGAAGAAAACAAGGCAAAGGUGCUUGCUGAGAUCAAAAGGACCAAUGUAUUAAUUUGAGGAGUUGAGCUAAUUUAACCCUGGUGAAUUUUUGCUUUUCUAAAUCUAAUUCUUUAUUUUCUUUGUGUGGAACAAAAUGUACACAUUAUAGCAACCUGUCGUUUGUGUUUGCAUUUUUCAAGAACUACAUUUUUAACUUUGUAUUCAUAAGAACUGUCACAUUUUUGAGUUUUGUAAGGAAGGAAUCAGGCACAGUAAUAGAUGGAGGUAACACUAUGUGUGUCCUCGUGUUUCAAGAAAGUCUCCUUGAAUUCUGACCUUCCUUUUUAAUCUAAAAGAGAUCCUGGUUGCUUAAUGUUUAAGAAUGCUAACAGCUUGGUACCUCUGAGGGGAGUCCUUUUGAUUAUCAUUAGUUUCUGGUGCAUCCUUUGCCAUCCUAUCACUUUAAAUAAGCGCUCAAUUUCAGUUCUUUGAGGGGGAGAUAAUCACAAGGCUAGGGAAUAGAUUUCAUUCUGAAAUUUUAGUUAUAUGUAAGAAACUCUUAUUUUAUGAAUAGUAGAUAGCAAUAAUCACAUAUAAAUGGUUCUUGGUAUUUUAAAAAGCAGAUUAUGAUCAAAUGACAUUUAAGUAGCCCUCUAGUGACUUUCCUAUUGAUUUCAGAUUCUAGAACUGAGUUUGUAGGUUGUACUCAUUUAAUAAUGUUGAUGAACAUUUGGAUUGUCCUUGCAUCAGAAGAAUUUUCCCCAAUGUUCUCCAUCAGGAUGUAUCUAGAUAGGAAAUAUGACAGUGUUGUAUUUUUCAAAAUGUAAAAUCUGAGCAGUCAUUAGACCUGAUUGGUUUAUAUUAUGUGAAUUUAUGUACAUAUAAUAUAAAACCUGAAUUGAUGUAAACUGUGACUUCAAAAGGAAACCUUUUACAAAGGAAAUAGUCAAGUUCUUUGCUCUUCUGUAAUAUUUCUUCCCUUAGCACAAAAUACUGGUUUCUAAGUGGCAUGACUUUACUUCAACGAAUAGCUAGACCCAAGCGACUCCAUUUUAAGCCACAAGAAAAAGUUCAAAAGCAGUUCUUCAAGGAGUCAGAGGAAAAUACUAAGCAAUUCAUUUCCCUGCUUGUGAAUGGUAUAAUAAAGUGUCUAUUACUAGAAAGGGCCCUCGUAGAUUUAAACAAAAAUACUUUUCCCCUUGGAUUUUCUCCUACAAAUAAAUCUAAAUGAUUGACAAUGGAAGAUUGUUAGUCUUUCUUGAUGGUGAAGUCAUGAGUUAUUCUGAUAUACAGAAGUGCAUUGUGUGUUGUUAACUCAGUAAACUGUUACUCGUGAGAUACAUUUCUAUUAACUUUUGAUCACCUGUAACCCUAAAUACUCCCAAAUUUCACAUGUCAAUUUUCAUUUUUAUAUUGUGAAUAUGCUAAUAAGUGCACCAAUUAUAAUGAAGUCAUUGUCAGUUUUGUUUAACACCAGUUGAUAAUAAAAAGAAUAAAAUAAAUAAAGGAAGAUUAAGAUAACAGGGCCAUAAAAAGUGGUGGCAGGCAAGAAUGUAUAUUUAUACACAGAUUUCUAUGAACUUUUUUCUGUUAAUGUUUGUAGACUAUUUAUAUUACUUCAUAAAGGCAGCUCUUUGAGAUAAGGCAAGAAUAUUUAGAAGGAACAUACUCAUUUCCAAAAGAAAGGGAGGGGGUGAGGGUUUGCCAUGUAGUUCAGCAAUUCAUUCCAAAAUCCUGUUCAAGAAAGCACUUCUUCCAUGUGGAAAAUAGCUUUAUACAGAGUAGCUCCUCUACUUUGAAAGUUAUUCUAAGAAAAAGAUACUUUAGUCAGAGACACAGACUACAAGAAUUCUGUUCUUAAACAUGUUGAUAAAAAUGAUUUAAUGUUAUUAGUUUCUGUAGAUAGUUUUAAAAGCAAUUCCCAUAAUUAAAUAUGUACGAGGCAACUGAAAACUACCAAGGUCGUGGCUAAUUAUACAUAUGACCAAAUGGUGACCUCAUUGCCACAUUAACUUACUAGUUUGCUUUAGAGUGCUAUGGGUUCCAGUUGCGAAAUAUAUUUACUUGCAGUUUGAGUUCAGCUGGUUUUCUGUUUAAUUCUGUUGUUCAUAAGACUUCCUGAAAUCAACAAGAGUAUAUAAUUUGAAAAAAUGUGUAGUUUGAAUCUUAGUUUUUUAAUAGUUAAAAAUAUGGCCAAAUAUACCUUUUAGGGAAUUCAUAUCAUCAAGAAUGUUGCAGUUAUCUGAUGUCUAUUAAUUUUUUUUUUUACUUUAAAAGAUACAAAUAUGUGCCUCAGCAGGUUUAUUUGUAUUAAUCACUUCAUAAAGAGUAGUUUUUAGAGAUCUGGCAAGAAUAAAGGCACAUAGUCUUUUCUAAAACAAGGUAAUAGAGACCUGCCAUUGUGGUUCACAAGUCAUCCCAAAAACCUGCUCAAGAAACCACCGUAAGCUAGGUCCCUCCCUAGCUCAUCUUUUUAUAACUAUCAUUCCGUGGUUACACACACCAUGUCGAGCUCCACCUUCACACAGGCAAAGAUAGCACCAGAGUCCUAGACAUGAUGGAUAUAGGUACUUCUGGAAUAUGGGGUAAGCAGUUUUAAUGUUAACCUAUUUAAAGAGAAAUGGAUCUUGACGUCUCCAAGUGACAAAAUGAAAUUUUUAGUGUUAAAAAAAUACUGUGCCAAUAUUACAUAACUGACCUUUUCUAGCACUUUUGAGGUCUUGGAUUUAAUAAUAAAUUAAGACUUUACCUGCUUUAAAAGUGAAAACCUUCAGGGAAAUUUAUGCUUUGAUUACUGAUGAAUGUCUCACAUUUAAAAUUGGAACACAAUUGAAUACUUAACAGCUUAUUUGUGUUUAAACUUAUGGAAACUGAUUAAACAAUUUACCAAGUGGGCCUAUCAUUUUAAUAAUGUUCUUUCUAGAAUCUUUAGUGUGUGAGUCAGGCUAAAAAAAUUAAUUAAGUACUAUGCUCAACUUGUAGUUUCCCCGUUGCCAUUGUGGAAAAUAUUUAAAACCAUUUCUCACCUCCUGUUAGAAUUUUUAAAAGACCCACAAGCUAGACCGUGUUUCUUGUGAGAAAGGGUAGCAGAAUGAAUAAAAUUGGUAUUUUAAAUGAGAUUAAAUAGAAUGUAAAGUACACUUCAUAUUUACUAGUUUUUCUCCCACUGUUCAUGUUGAGUUGCCUUAAAUUCAGUGCUGUAUUUAAAACACUGGUUACCAUAGGUACUCAUGAAAAUGGUUUGUAGUUGAAUGUCUAAGCUAGCACUGUUUUAAAAAGUAAUUUAUUAAUCAGUUUUAUGGUACACCUUGUAUUUAGCAAAUUUGUUUGCACAUUAAUAAAAUUCCUAAGUUUUUUUCUUUAAAUCCAAUUGUUGAUCCUAUAGAAGUUAUGAUGAUGCAGCAUUAUGAAAAAAGUUGUGUUUUAACUGGUGUUCAAUGUGCCCCACAAAAUCUUACACCAUAUAGUAUUUUUCUUAAUAGAACACUUCAACAAUAUACCUGGUAGAUAUUUGAAGCCUUUCUGUCUUUUAUACAAUGGUGCUCUAUCUUAUUGUUUUUUUUUCAAAGAAGUGUCUGAACACUUGUAUUUGCAUAUUCUUAUCCAAAGGCACCCACAUCUAAGUGGGUUUUUAAAGUUAAUAAGAUGUUUUUCUUCAUGUAGAAUGGUUUCUAUACACUUGUGGCCAGCAGACUCAGAAUAUCAGUAGUAUGACUAUGGGGUAGGUGAACCUACUAGAUUAAAGCUCUUAUAAAAGCUUUAAACCAAACAAAUGAUGGAUUUGUACCAUGAUUUAACAGUGUUCUUUGAUCUUUCUUGCACAGUGAUUCAUUCCUUUAUGUACAGUAGCUCUGUGAAAUAAUACUGCUGUGAAUUCAUAUUGUAAUCAAUAAAGUACUUUAACCCGA